AAGUUGGUCGGCGUCGAAGUGAUUUCCGGAUCCAGCAUCAAUCGAAUAAUCCCGGGAGAAAAUUUGAAUUAAGCUACUUCAGUCAACAAGGGGGACAGACGUUAAAAAGAUGAGCCUGUAUCUAAAUCUUAGGUUUGUAGUGGCCACUAUAUUGCUCUACGGCUCUACAAUGCUGACUUACGUAACAUGUACGGAGACAAGCCUCCAACCUAACAUUGUACUAAUUAUGGCCGAUGACCUUGGCAUUGGGGACAUUGGCUGCUAUGGAAAUAAUACUAUGAGAACUCCCAAUAUUGAUAACCUGGCAAAGGAUGGUGUGAUGCUGACCCAUCACAUAGCUGCAGCUCCGUUGUGUACACCGAGUAGGGCAGCCUUUAUGACAGGCAGGUACCCUAUUCGAUCAGGUAUGGACAAUGGUCACAGAGUGCGUGUCCUUCUGUUCACUGCCAGCUCUGGGGGUCUUCCUAAGAAUGAGACAACCUUUGCAGCACUAUUGCAAAAACAAGGAUAUGCCACUGGCAUUGUAGGAAAGUGGCAUCUUGGCGUAAAUUGUGAAUCCCGUGGUGAUCACUGUCAUCAUCCACUUAACCAUGGGUUUGAUUUCUUCUAUGGAAUACCUUUCACAAAUUUCCAUGAUUGUAAGCCAGGAGAACGAAGUGCCAUUUUAGCAGACUAUCAAGAUAAAUUAUGCCUGGUCAGUCAGACACUGCUAGUGGGACUUUUGAUGCUGCUUGUUUUGAAAUGGACUGGCUUUACCAGUACUGACUGGAGGACCAUUGUGUGGCUCAUGGCUUUCUGCUUCCUGUUCUUCGGAGCUUGGUAUUGUGUUUUUGGUUUCGUGAGGCUUUGGAACUGUCUGGUCAUGAGGAACCAUGAGAUUGUUCAGCAGCCAUCAAAUGGAGAAACCCUGCCAACUAGAAUGAUAGAGGAAGCUCUUGCAUUUAUUGAAAGAAACCAAAGGAAACCAUUUCUCAUCCUCGUGUCAUUCCUACAUGUCCACACUCCUUUCUUUACAACCAAGGCAUUUAUUGGAAAGAGUAAACAUGGCGCUUAUGGAGACAAUGUGGAAGAGAUGGAUUGGUAUGUUGGCCAGAUUGUAAAGGCCAUCGAUAAUGUCGGUCUAACAAAUAAAACCUUGAUACACUUCACCUCGGAUCAUGGAGGCAGUGUGGAUUCUGUCGGAUCAAAUGGAGAGCAUGAUGGAGGCUGGAAUGGAAUAUACAGAGGUAAAAAAGGAUUUGCUGGUUGGGAAGGAGGCAUCCGUGUCCCUGGGAUAUUCAGAUGGCCAGGGCUGUUGCCUUCCAACAAGAAAAUCGAUGAGCCUACCAGUCUUAUGGACAUUUACUCAACUGUUGUCAGCCUAGCUGGUGCCUCACUACUACAAGAUAGGGUAAUAGAUGGACGAGACUUGAUGCCAUUGUUGAAGGGUGAUGUCCAGCACUCGGAGCAUGAGUUUCUCUUUCAUUACUGUGGAGCUGCUUUGAAUGCAGUGCGAUGGCAUCCAAAAGGCAGUGACACUGUCUGGAAAGCUCACUUUUUCACUCCUAAGUUGGAGUCUGGUGCUUGUUACCAGAGUGAAGUCUGUGGGUGUCACGGAAAUUACAUCAUCAACCAUGACCCACCUUUGCUCUUUGACCUCUCCAAAGACCCCUCAGAAAUGAAUCCUGUAUCACCUCAUACAGAGCCACUUUUCCAUGAGAUCCAAAAACAGAUUCAGAAAGGGGUGGAAGAACAUCGGAAAACCUUGACUUCAGUCCCUCUUCAACUUUCUUGGAAUAAUGUUUUGUGGAAACCGUGGCUGCAGCCCUGCUGUGGUACAUUCCCAUUCUGUUGGUGUGAUAAAGACUCCAAUGUUUCAAUUGUAAUGCAAGAGGACAACCAAUAGCAAUUCAGACUCAUAGUCUGUGUUACUUUGUCAUUUUGUUUUAGAAAUGGAGACUGUCACAUCUUGUGUUGAUUUAUGCCUGGAAAAUACUUGAUGUCAAAUCCUUUUCUGUUGCCAAACAGCCCUAUCCCUAAAUCUCCUUGUUUGAUCCUUUAAGAAGUGCCUUUUUUACAGCCAUUCAUUACUCUUGAUUAUGGAAAAGAGGGAAAGGGAUUCCUGAGAAGCAUUCUGCUCAUGUACAUUUUAGAUUAGAUCAUAUGUCCUUAAUGUCUUGUCAGCUGAUGGAUUUUCUGUAGUGCUUUAGUAUUUUAAUCAGUAGCGAUGAUUAGUUGAAUGUUGCACACAAGAUUUUUCCCUUCACAUAAUUCAUACUCAUCUGGUUUUGGCAUACUUUGUGUGGAGUCGAGAGACAUAAACACAGUCAAGUUUCCGUUCCUUCAGUUACACAGGCCAUUAUAAAAUUUACAAGAGUGUAUAGUAAAAUCUAACACGUUACAUCUGCAUCCUUCAGUUUGUUGGAUUCUGCUGUCACCUCAACA